AGCGAAUUAUAGUUUUUACAGCAGAGGGAAACAAUAGUUGCUGCUUCCCGAAAGGAUCGUUUUCUAACAUGGAGUGCAAAGAAGGAACCGGGGAAACUGAUGCCGAGUCUGUACUCAUCUCCGAUUGGGCCGAGUUAACCCACGAAUGCCUCCUCAACAUCCUUUCCCGACUCACUUUCGAGCACCGAUGGACCGGUCCUAUGCUUGUCUGCAAACCAUGGUUCAACGCCUGCAAGGAUCCCUCUCUCAACUCCGUCUUCGAUCUCGAAACUCGCUUCGAUUCCUCCUCCGAGUCAACCCGCUGGUGGACCCCCGAAUUCGAAAGACGAAUCGACUCCAUGCUCCGAUCGGUCAUCACCUGGAGCAACUGUAACCUAACCCAGAUCCUUACCCGUCACUGCUCCGAUCUCUCUCUCAAUUUCGCCGCUCAAAGGUGUCCAAAUCUCCAAGUUCUUUCCAUAAAAAGCUGUCCUCGCGUGACCGAUGCGUCGAUGGCUCAAAUAGCGUAUCAUUGUCGGAACCUUAAACAGCUCAACAUCAGUUACUGCUACGAAAUCUCACACGAAUCUUUAUCGUUAAUUGGUCGGAAUUGUCCCAAUUUGAAGAUCCUAAAACGGAAUUUGAUGAAUUGGUUGGACCCAUCGCAACACGUGGGAAUUGUUCCAGAUGAGUAUCUAAAUGCUUGUCCACAAGACGGAGAUACUGAGGCUGCUGUUAUUGCGAAAUUUAUGCCUCAAUUGGAACAUCUUGAAAUCAGAUUCUCGAAAUUGUCAGCUAAAGGAUUAGGUUCCAUUUGUGAAGGCUGUUCGCAACUGGAGCACCUUGAUCUGUCUGGAUGUGCUAACUUAACCAGUCGGGACAUUCUGAACGCGACAUCAAAUCUGAAGGAUUUGAAGGAAGUGAAGAAGCCAAAUUUCUAUAUACCCAGGUCAGUUUUUCACACUGAGAGAUACGGGCAUUGGAGGUUGUAUGAUGAGAGGUUUCAAACUGAUGUUUUUCGAAUCUAGGAGAAGGAAAAAACAGGAACCUGAUUUGUGUUCCUUGACUUUACUAUUUGCGUGUUAAGAUGUUAUCAAUCAUAUAUUUAUGUCUGCUUGUAUGAUGGAUUGGUUUUCUUUUUGCUCAAUUGGUAUUAAUAUAGCACUUGUUUUCCUAUUA